AUGGAGAAGACUAAGAGGGAGGUUAACGGUCAUCAAAGGCAGACACCUUGGGUUGGUGGGCCUAUGGUAUCUAAGGGCAGCUCGGGUUUUAGAAGCACUCUGAAGUGUAAUCGGUGUGGAAGAGAAGGUCAUUAUGAGAGAGAUUGUCGUUUGGGCAGAAGAGCUGGGAGUCAACCACAGAAUGCAGGAAGGUUUCAGCCAAGAGGUAGAGGUGGUGAUGGAAGAGCUCAGGCUGCUGGCCGAGUAUAUGCUAUGAUGGGAGCGAAAGCAGCAAGUUCAGGUAACCUUAUUACCAGUUCUUGCUUGUUCUAUGGAUUUCCUUGUUGUGUGCUUUUUGAUUCGGGGGCAACAUAUUCCUUUAUCUCAAAGGCAUGUGUUGAAAAGUGGGGAUUGUCUGAGAGUGAGUUGCAGUUUGAUCUGGUGGUGUCAACCCCAGCAUCUGGUGUGGUUUGGACAUCUACUAUGUGUGUUAGAUGUCCAAUUGAGGUUGAAGGUCGCCAGUUUAAAGUAAACCUUAUUUGCUUACCUCUUCAAGGUUUAGAGGUAAUUUUAGGAAUGGAUUGGGUGGCUGCCAAUCACAUUCUUAUGGAUUGUGGUAAGAAGAAGUUAGUCUUUACUAGUGAAGAAGAGAAGAUGUCUUUGACUGUCGGUUUGUUGAGGCAAGAUAUAAUCAAAGGUGCUAGUUGUUUCUUGGUGCUAUCUCAUUUGGAAGUAGGUCAGGAUAAGCAGAAUUUAGACCGAUUGGUGUAA